AUGCCUAAGGGGAGGCGCGCCAACCCUAGCACCGCACGGGAUGGUGUCUGGUUUCAGCACACUAAACUGCUGCCGAUAUAUCCCGAAUCUCUCACUGCCAGUGAGCAAAAACAGAUACUAAAUUUAGAAACCGUUCGUCAGAUUGAAAACCGGUUGCCACUGAUGUAUAAACUUCGAGAGAAGAAACCAGUGAACACGUUUCCAUUUUCAGUCCAUGACAAUAGAGAUUGCUUACUGAAUGUAGGAGGGCACUUAGAUUCUGGGCUAGGACGAAAAAAAUUUAAACGUGAGACAUGUCAACACUAUGGCCAGAACUUCUCCUUUUUGGCCCACGAACCCAUUUUGAGCAGUACUAGCUGUCGUACCGUGUAUCAAACAUCGUUUGUUCCAUACCCAAACAUUGAACAGCCCUUUCCAGGGCGAUUUCCCAAAAGCCACGUAGAGAGAUCCAAAGCUUUAAAUCCUGCUUCUAAGAAUGAUUGCACAUGGCUUUCAGAAUACUAUACUGGUCGUAAAAAAUUAAUUCCUGAUGAUCCUGUUACAAGUGCAGCAACGCUGUUCGUCCUGGUGGCAUACCCGGGGCGAAAGGGGACAGGAGGCUGCCUACAGGCAGCCACGCCCCCUGGAACGCCCACAGAACGCUGGCACGGGCCUUUACGCUGGCUGGACGCCAGCAGAAUGCCCGUCCUGGUGUCCCUGGGCAGCGCUGCCACGGCAGCACCAGGAGACCGGCAUCCGGGCCUUCCCGCCAACGUCUGGGCCGCUCUGCACAGUGCCAGCAGCCUGGAUGUGGCUGGGGGCACAAGCCUUUCAUGCAGACCAAAGGGCAAACGCCAAAGGGUUCUUGGCCCUUCACUCUUAGCUCAUGGCUCACAGCCUGUGACCCUGAGUGAGCUGGCCCAGUGGAUCCAGGAACAACUCAGGAGAACAUUGUUGCCUUUCCCAGAUGGAAUAUGGUUCACUGUUGCAGCUGAGCUUCAGUAUAUGAAGACAAUUUAG